AUUUCAUUUUCUCGCUUGCCAAACAGGGAGAGAGAAAAGAAAAAUAAAUAUAGAUUUUAUUAUUACUCUCUCUUCCUCCACUUGGGGCUCUCUGCUUCAUUUCUAUAUUAAAACAUAACAAUCAUUAUAAAAAAAGGGCGCAGGUUGAUGGUGAUUUGUUAUCAGUUGUUUCACUUCUGCCCUAACUACUCGCUUCUCAAACUCCGCCAUUGAAUUUUUCUCAUAGCUCCACGACUAACUUUGCUUCUCUUGAUCGGUGUUUGAUUAAAUGCCGAUGAGUGUGUGUGUGGAUUGUUUGCUUCAUUGUUUCUAUAGGUACUCUAUUGCAUUGAUUGUCUCGUAAGUAUGGAUUUCGCGGGUAGUAUCCGGCAACCUAAUGUCUUCCACGGCAAUGAAGGCACAGGUCAUAGGUUAUCAAAUCGGUUACAUUCAAGGUUGAGAUAUGGAAGUUUUCGUUGUAAUGUUCUUGAUCCGAGUAUUGUCUUGAAAGAUAGGUUCUCAAAGAAAAGGAAAGGUUUUCCGCAUAGUGGUGGUUUGAAUUCGAGUUUGGUAUUCCGCAGAGUGUGUCAUAGUCAUUUUUCAAGUGCAUAUUCGAGUAACUCAUUGUCUUGUAGCUCUGGUAAUGUUUUUAAGGUGUCUGGGAGAUUUAGAUCACGGUGUCAAGGGAAUGAUUCCCUAGCAUACAUCGAUGAGAAUGAUCGAAGUGUAGAAUUUGUUGAUGGUAGUGCUGGGGGUUCAAGCGUGGGGUCUGAUGAUGGUGGCGAGUUAAGUAGUUUGGGAGACAAAGGAGGAGAACAAAAAGAAGAAGUGGAGGCAGAUGCACGUAGUUUGGAUGAAUUGAGGGAAUUGUUACAGAAGGGAAUGACUGAGUUGGAAGUUGCACGGCUUAAUAGUACAAUGUUUGAGGAAAAGGCUCAAAGAAUUUCCGAAGCUGCAAUAGCAUUGAAGGAUGAGGCAGCAAAUGCUUGGAAUGAUGUCAACUCAACGCUGGACAUGAUUCAAGGGAUUGUUAAUGAGGAGGCUGUUGCCAAAGAAGCUGUUCAAAAUGCAACGAUGGCCGUUUCUUUAGCUGAAGCCAGGCUUAAGGUGGCGGUAGAAUCUAUUGGGGUUGCAAAAGGAGAGGCUGAUUCACCAGCUGGUUCUGGAGAGAGUGAAGUGGAAAAAGAUGUUAAGGAACAGGACGAAGAACUUUUGGUUGCUCAAAAUGAUAUUAGUGAAUGUCAAAUGAAUUUGGCAAGUUGUGAGACAGAGUUGAGGAAUUUACAACGUAAAAAAGAAGACUUGCAGAAGGAAGUGGACCGAUUGAAUGAGAUUGCUGAAAAAUCACAGAUGAAUGCUUUGAAAGCGGAAGAGGAUGUCGCCAAUGUGAUGCUUUUAGCAGAGCAAGCUGUUGCUUUUGAACUUGAGGCUGCUCAACGGGUGAAUGAUGCUGAGAUUGCAUUACAGAAGGCAGAGAAGUCUGUCUCUAGUUCUUUUGUUGAUACACUGGAAACAACCCAAGGACAUGUAUCUGGUGACGAGGCUGUUAUUGAGGAGGAGAAGGUGAGUGGAGGGAGGAGUGCUGAUGAUGAAAAAGAAAGAGAUGUGCCAAUUGAUGUUGAUGCUUUAGACAAUGAGCCAACAAUAGACAGACUAUCUGAUAAAGCCAUCCAAAGCGAUAAAGAGUUAUAUCAAUCUGAUGAUUCUAGUGAACAGGAGAAUGGAAAACUCCAUUUAGAAUUGGCUAAGGAAACUGAAUCAGAAACAGAAAAGUUAAAGAGUGGAGUACAAACCAAAAAGCCAGAAUUGCAGAAGGAUAAAACUAGAGAGAUUUCACCUUCACCUCUUAGCACCCCAAAGGCAUUGUUGAAGAAAUCUUCACGUUUCUUUUCUGCAUCUUUCUUCUCUUUCACUGAAGAUGAGACUGAGUUCACAUCAGCAUCAGUUUUUCAAGGUCUUAUGGAGUCGGCAAGGAAGCAAUUGCCUAAGCUGGUUCUUGGAUUAUUAUUGUUUGGAGCAGGGAUUGUCUUCUACUCGAAUCGAGGAGAAAGGAGCACUCAGAUGCCUCAACAAAUGGAUAUUGUCUCCACAAGUAUUGAAGAAGUUUCCUCAAAUGCCAAGCCUCUAAUUCGUCGUAUACAGAAAGUUCCAAAGAGAAUUAAAAAGCUACUUGCAAUGCUUCCUCAUCAAGAGAUCAAUGAAGAAGAAGCAUCUCUCUUUGAUGUGCUGUGGUUACUGCUUGCUAGUGUUAUAUUUGUGCCCAUGUUUCAGAAGAUUCCUGGAGGCAGUCCUGUCCUUGGAUACUUGGCUGCUGGGAUAUUGAUCGGCCCUUAUGGUCUCUCUAUCAUUCGUCAUGUGCAUGGGACAAAGGCAAUUGCUGAAUUUGGAGUUGUUUUUUUGUUAUUUAAUAUUGGCCUGGAGCUCUCUGUUGAAAGGCUUAGUUCCAUGAAGAAAUAUGUUUUUGGAUUAGGCUCUGCUCAGGUUUUGGCAACAGCAGUGGCUGUUGGCUUGGCCUCUCAUUAUAUAUCUGGGCUGCCUGGUCCUGCUGCCAUAGUAGUUGGGAAUGGGCUUGCUUUGUCUUCCACAGCUGUUGUGUUGCAGGUGUUGCAGGAGCGAGGUGAGAGCACAUCACGCCAUGGGCGAGCUACAUUUUCCGUCUUACUAUUCCAGGAUUUGGCUGUUGUGGUGUUGCUAAUACUCAUACCUCUUAUUUCACCUAAUUCAUCCAAAGGAGGGGUUGGUUUUCAAGCCAUUGCUGAAGCUCUUGGGCUGGCUGCUGUUAAGGCAGCACUUGCCAUUACUGCGAUAAUUGCUGGUGGACGCUUGCUGCUUCGACCAAUUUAUAAACAAAUUGCAGAAAAUCAAAAUGCAGAGAUAUUCUCGGCCAAUACACUUCUUGUUAUUCUGGGGACUAGUCUCCUUACAGCCAGGGCUGGACUUUCCAUGGCCCUAGGAGCAUUUCUGGCAGGUUUGCUCCUUGCGGAAACUGAAUUUUCCUUACAGGUUGAAUCGGAUAUUGCUCCAUAUCGUGGCCUUCUAUUGGGUCUCUUCUUCAUGACGGUUGGAAUGUCUAUUGAUCCAAAGCUUCUUUUCUCAAAUUUUCCAGUCAUUAUGGGGACAUUGGGACUUCUAAUUGGUGGCAAGACUUUGUUGGUUGCUUUGGUUGGUAGACUUUUUGGUAUUUCAAUCAUAUCUGCAAUAAGGGUUGGUCUUCUUCUUGCGCCGGGUGGAGAAUUUGCUUUUGUGGCUUUUGGUGAAGCUGUUAAUCAGGGUAUAAUGUCUCCCCAGCUAUCGUCUUUGUUAUUUCUUGUAGUGGGGCUCUCAAUGGCUCUUACACCAUGGCUAGCUGCUGGUGGUCAGUUGAUUGCCUCACGUUUUGAGCAGCAUGAUGUUCGAAGUCUUUUACCAGUUGAGAGUGAGACAGAUGAUUUGCAGGAUCACAUUAUCAUCUGCGGGUUUGGACGUGUUGGCCAGAUUAUUGCACAACUUCUUUCAGAGCGGUUAAUUCCCUUUGUUGCUCUUGAUGUGAGGAGUGAUAGAGUGGCAGUUGGGCGUGCCCUUGACCUUCCUGUGUAUUUUGGAGAUGCUGGUAGUCGAGAGGUCCUCCACAAAGUUGGUGCUGAAAGAGCUUGUGCUGCUGCAAUAACCCUAGAUACACCUGGUGCAAAUUAUAGAACUGUUUGGGCACUGAGCAAGUAUUUUCCUAACGUGAAGACCUUUGUCCGUGCUCACGAUGUUGAUCAUGGCCUUAAUUUGGAAAAGGCAGGGGCUACAGCGGUUGUCCCGGAGACACUAGAGCCAAGUCUACAGUUGGCAGCUGCUGUUCUUGCACAGGCUAAACUGCCCAUGUCAGAGAUCACGGCAACUAUAAAUGAAUUUAGGUCACGGCACUUGUCUGAGCUAGCAGAGCUAUGCCAAGCCAGUGGAAGUUCUCUUGGUUAUGGGUUUUCUCGUAUGAUGAGUAAACCCAAAGUUCAGCUUUCUGACUCUUCGGAUGAAAACCAAGUCACAGAGGGAACAUUAGCUAUUUGAGACGCGCCUAAAUCCGAUAAACAAAGAGGAAAACCAAGGAGAAAAGGAAACCAAAUAAUAUGAGAAAAUGUAUAGCACAACUGCAUGUUCCAUUGGCAUAAUUGUACAGAAAAUAUACUGAAAGAAGAGUUGAGACCAUGCUCACCAUUAUUCAAAUCUUUUUGUCCUAAAAAAUUUGAGACUUGAAUGAGAAAAUGGUAUAGGUGUUCUCAUUUUUUAUUCUGGGUUCUAGUGGUGUUCUGGAUUCUGGACUCUGGUUAGUCUGAGAAGACACUGGAACCCCAGAAUCUUACUGUUUAAAAGGAUAUUUUAUAGUUUUUUUUCUUUCUCGCA